AUGUACCGGUUGGACCGAUACGGUCAUAUAGCACCUAAAACUAAAAAUGGCAAAGUCGUAACGAUUUUUUACGCCGUCGUUGGAAUACCAUUGAUGCUUCUAUGUUUGUCUAAUAUCGGUGACGUUAUGGCAUCAAGUUUUAGAUUCCUAUAUUGGAAAGUAUGUUGUUACGUAUGUACAAAACCACCAAAGAAGAGACGAGCACGCCCCAAUUUAGGAAGAUCCUAUUCAGCAAGACAAGCGGGACGAUACGACAUCAACAACAGAGCUACAUCAUUCCGACGUUCGAUUAGGCUGAGUCAAAGAUCAACCGAUGGAACUUUAGGAAUUCCUGAAGAUUUGAGACGAACUUCUUACUCGGACACAGAUUGCAGGGAUAAUUCUAGAUGUAUAAAUGGAAUGGACCAAAGAAGAAUCUAUUCUUAUCAUUUAUCUUCUCCUACAGCAUUAAGGUCAACGACCUCCUUUAGAAAUUCGGAUAUUCCUUUAUCAAAUCUAAAAUUACCCAAAGGUAAUCCUAAAUUAAGCACACAAUCUCUCGAUCGAAGAUUAACAAGUGGAACCAUCGAAACCGAUCAGUCACCGGUUCUGUGCAACAAAUACGCUUUUGAUGAUGUCGACGAUGAUUUGUUUUUAUGGCAACCUACGUCACGAAAUAAAUCUGAAUAUGUCAACAAGAUUGGUAAUCGUACACAAGUAGAAGAUAAAUUGGAAGACAUUGAAAGACUGCCAACAGUGAUUACUAGAUCAUUACCACGAAGAUAUCAUUCAGUGGAAAGUGGUGCACGACAACAUAGAUCAACAUUGUCAACACCUUAUCAUUUAUCAUCAGGUCAUUUGUCACCAGGACUCGAUCAAAACAGAAGAUUUUAUUCCGAAAGAAUGAGACGUUCUCCUAGUAAUUAUUCUACUGCUCGUUUCUAUAGAAGGGAAGCCUCGUUACCAAGAAUCAUGUCACCAAUAGGAUUUGCGAUGCACCGACGAGCCUGUACAGAUGACAUUGAUGUUGAUUACGAGUGUUACACCACAACUGAAGAACAAGAAAGACAGCCGAUAAAACCAGUACCCAUUUGGCUUUGCGUAUUUCUUGUAGUCAGUUACAUAUUGGGUGGUGCUUGUCUUUUUAGCAAAUGGGAAAAGUGGACUUUUCUCGACAGUGCUUAUUUCUGUUUUAUCACCCUCACGACUAUAGGAUUCGGUGACUUCGUACCAAAUAAAUUAGACGCCCACAAAGGAAUAGCUCUUUGUUCGUUGUAUCUGUUAUUUGGGAUUGCUUUAUUAGCAAUGAGUUUCAAUUUGGUCCAAGAAGAAGUAAUCAAUAACGUUAAAAGCGUAGCAAAAAGUUUGGGUAUUUUGAAAGGGAGUGAUGACGAGUAUGAAGAUGACGAUGACGAUGAUGAUUACAAAUACGAUGCGGAAUACGAGGAUGAUGUAGAUGAGAAUGAAUUUGAACGAUGUGACGAAAACCAAAGGAAAACUUAUCUCGAUGAUCGCCGAUGUUAAUUAUAUUUUAUUUCACUUUCUUGUUCAUUUUAUUGUCUUUUUUUAUAA